CUCAUAAUAAUAGACCAGCAAAGAAAUACCAAAACUAGUGAGAUCAACAAGACCUAAUAGUUGUACUAUGAUGCCCAAAUAACCCUAGGACCAAAAAAUCUCCAUAAUCAUGUCAAAAACGAGAGAGUAAAUUAAUAUGAUAGUGCUCAACCAAAAAUGGCUGGAGUGACCUCGCCCUCUUCUCCUGUUAAGAACUCCGCAACAACCUGUUCAUCUCCUUUGGAGAAUGAAAUGAAAAUUGGCAAACCAUCCUCUUCAACUCCUCCCCUCAAUUAUCCAGCAGCUCAAGUCAGCAGCUCCCAACCUCCUCCCCUUCUCCACUUGCAGCAACCUCCACCACCAAGGAAAUCCAGGUACGAAGGAAUUUCUCCUCUGCCACCCUACUCCUCAGUCCAAGUUCCACGCCAUGACAUCAAACACUCCUUUGCAGAUGUCAUUGGCUCCUCCCCCCCUACCUACCUUCAAUCCAUAUCCUCCAAAACAAUCUCCAAACACAAAGGUUAUCCGGCAAUCUCCUUCACCCCCUCGGAAAUCAAAUCCCUCUCUGCUCCCUACGAAUUCUCUCUAGUAGGGAGAUUCCCCAAAUCCAGACCUCCACUCCCAGUCCUUAGGCAAGUCCUGGAACGGAUUGGUUUCAGAAAUAGCUACUCAGUGGGAGUCCUGGCCCCUUCUCACGUCCUCCUUACCUUUUCCAAUGCUGAAGACUACCAACGAUGCUUCUCCAAAAGGAUAUGGCAAAUUCAAGGUUUCCCCAUGCAUGUCUUCAAAUGGGGCCCAGAAUUUCACUGUGAUGAGGAAAGCCCUAUUUUCCCAGUCUGGAUCACGCUUGAACACCUCCCAAUCCAUUUUCAUGACCCUCUUGCUCUCCAUGCAAUAGCUAAGAUUUUUGGCACUCCUCUUAUGUUGGAUGCAGCAACCUCCUCAAAAACCAGACCUUCUGCCGCCAGAUUCUGUGUGGAACUUGACGUCACCAAGGAACUUCCGGCGAAGUUCUUCUUGGACAACGGCGGGAAAGGGUUGUGGCAGCAGGUCACGUACGAACAGCUACCCCAGUACUGCGUUGAUUGCCACAAGUCAGGCCACUCAUCAGGGGACUGUGCCAUGGGCAAAACUCCAAUUCCUCUGUCUAAACCCACCACAACAACACCCCAAACAGCAUGUAGGGCAAGAUGGCGAAAGCAGCAUAUUCACUCCAUCCUCAACAAACACGACAAUCUCAUCUCCAAAGAGAUAGAGAUCCUGGAAGCAGCUACUCACUACUAUGCAGACCUCUACAGCCACCAUCCCACCACCAACAUGGAAGCAAUCCUCCAACACAUACCAUGCACGAUCACCGAAGCCCAGAACACUGCUCUUUGCAGACUCCCUUCCAUUGAAGAAGUCAAAAAUGCAGUUUGGCUUCUGGAUCAAAACAGUUGCGCUGGACCAGAUGGAUUUAAUGGCACAUUUUAUCGGCAAACAUGGGACAUUAUCCAAGCAGAUAUUUGUAGUGCCAUACAAGAAUCGUUUCUAGGUAUCAUUCCGCCAAAGGCCAUGAGGAAAUCCAAUAUGGUCCUAAUCCCCAAAAAAGAUUCCCCCACAACCUUCUCUGACUUCCGCCCCAUCAGCCUUACAAAUUUCUCUUCAAAAAUCAUAACUAGAAUUUUGGCAUCAAGACUCACCACCCUUUUGCCAUGCAUUAUCUCCUUGGAGCAAGGAGGGUUUGUACCCGGAAAAGACAUCAACGAUCACAUCCUUCUGGCACGAGAACUCAUCCACCUUAUUGAUCGUAAAACAGAAGGAGGGAACCUAGCCCUAAAGCUUGACAUCACAAAAGCCUUUGACACUAUCUCGUGGGAUUAUAUCUCGCAAUGCCUAAACAGAUUUGGAUUCAACCAGAAGUUCACUUCCCUAGUAAUGAACUCCAUCCAACAUAGCAUUAUCUCCACACUGGUGAAUGGAACCCCUUCCAAACCCUUCAACCCUAGGAGAGGCGUAAGACAGGGCGACCCACUGUCCCCAUACAUUUUUAUCAUUGCAAUGGAAGGCUUCACACGUUCCCUGAACAAACUUGUCUCCACAGGCCAUCUCAAAGGUUUUAACACAGGAAGAAUUCAAACGGUUAAUCACCUAUCUUAUGCGGAUGAUGUGCUCGUGUUUACCAAUGGUUCUAUUCACAACCUCAAGAAGUUAAAAAACUUCCUUAGCAACUUUGAAGAAUCAACUGGACUCCACCUCAACCUCACAAAAAUCCAGAUAAUCUCACCAAAGCCUUCCUCCAAUCAUGCAAAACGCCAAAAAGACUGCUUGGGAAUGAAACUAGCCUCACUGCCAGUGACCUACCUCGGCACUCCCAUCUACAAAGGAUGCAAGCUCUGGUGGAAGUAUCAUUUCACCUCCUCCCCUUGGGUAUCCUUUCUCAAGCAGAGCUACCAUCGCUCCGGGAAUUUUACUACAACCCUUAUUGAUAGCCCAACUUGGAAAAGGAUAUGCCAAACAAAUGACUUCUGCGUGGAAAACUCCACCCUCAACCAUGGAAGUCUUGAAUGGAACCUAGGAGAAAAUGGCUCCUUCUCUCUCAAAGAGGUAACUGCAAAACUCCUUGGCCCUGCACCCUCACUGCUCACCGCCCGUAUCCCCUGGCCCAAGAAAUGCAUCCCAAAGGCAAGCCUUUUCCUAUGGAAAACCCUAAACGGUGCCACCCCCUUUGCCAACAACCUUGACAAACUAGGUUACAAUCUCCCCUCUAUGUGCCUCCUUUGCAAAAGAGAUCUGGAAACUGACCUACAUUGCCUCAUGCAGUGUCCAAAAGCUUCCUAUGUCGCUAUCCAGAGACUGAUAAAUAUCUGAUCCCUACUAGUCUACUUGAGAUUCAGUAACAGUUGAUUUAACUAUACAAGGGUACACAUCCCAUGCCUUGUGUUAAAUCAUGACAUUUAGGACAGAAGGAUAAUAUUUAUAGAACGUCUUGUGUCGUAGAAGGACUCCGGAGUAAGUUCGUGUGGAUACGUUGGAGGCUUCAUACGUUUGGCGCUACGUUCAUCUCCUCAAAACCAUCCCCGACCGUUUCUCCGUUCUCCGUUUUUCACCGCUAAGGACCAAUUAUUAUCGAAUUGCAUUAAAGGAUAGCUAAGGUC